CUGUUUCUGCCAGGGGUCGCCUUCCCUCUUCUGGUCGCCAUGAGACAGCCCAUCUCGACGGACUACGUGGGGUCGCAGCCAUCAUCGUUUACAUCUUGCACCUCUCAAUGACCAUCGACCGCACGACACUCCUCGGCUUUGUGCCCGGGGUGAGCGAUGAGUUCUACAACCUCCCCAUCCUCCGCCUCUUCCGCUCCGGCAAGGCCAUGGUCCGCAUCUUCUUCGUCCUGUCCGGCUACGCCCUGUCCCUGUCGCCCGCCAGCCACCUCGACCAGCCCGCCUCCGCUGGCAGGCUCCAGCGAAGGCUAGCAGUGGCCGCCCUGAAGCGGCCGCUCCGGCUCUUCCUGCCACCCCUCGCCACGACGUUUGUGGUGUUGCUCUCCGUCCUCGCGGGCCUCUUCCCGACCGCCCGGUCACUGGGGGCCCUCCCCGCCCACCUGCUCAUGCAGACGGUGGCCCGCAAGAGCUCGGCCUGGGCCCAGGCCCUGGACUGGGUGGGUUUUGUCACGCACAAGCUCGUGAACCCCUGGGACUGGGUCGAGAACCUCUACGCGGGCGAGCGCGACUCCUACUACGGGCCCCACCUGUGGACCAUACAGACCGAGUUUCGCUGCUCCAUGAUUCUAUUUUCUGUGCUGGCGGGGAUCUCGGCCCUCCGGCGCCCGGCGGCGCGCCAUCUCGUGGUCGGGCUCCUGACGGUCUACGCCGGCUGUUGGGGGCGCUGGGACGUCGCGCUGUUUUUUGCUGGUAUGCACCUCUGUAUCAUUGAUACCGCGAGACAACGGCGUGAUACCGAUGCACUGCUCGUCACGGUCCGCAGCCACGCUUCCGGCCAGGCCACACAAAAAGGGUUGAGGCGCCGAGAGGUUCUCCUCCGGGUCGCCAGCAGGGCCGCUCCGUCAUCUUUGCUCUUCGUGGGCCUGUGGACCCUGUCUUACCCCGACGACAAGGCCGAUCAGGCUCUUGGGUUUGUCCUCCUGAGCAGAGUGUGUUCGAGCCCAGACUUCUGGCAGUCCCUGGGGGCCGUCUCCGUGCUUUGGUCCACCAGCAGGCUACAGGUGGCGAAGCGGCAGUUGUGCUCUGCCCCGUUGCAAUACCUAGGGUCCCUGUCAUUCUCGCUCUACCUGGUGCAUUAUCCUUUCCUUGAGAUAAUGGGGUGGCAUUUCUAUCUGCUCUGCCGGGAGUAUGUGGCGAGCGCCUCGAUCAUGGCUGACAUGAGCCCAGCGGGAGCUGGGCUCGUCGGAAAUCUUUUCGGGUUCGUGACGAUAACACCAGUCCUGUUGUGGCUGUCCGAUCUUACAAUGAGGCUUUUAGAUUUGCCGACUCAGGGGCUUGUGAGCUGGCUGGUCAAAUCUCUUUGUCUAGAAUGA